GCGCACUACGCAUUCGCAUUUCCCUGUCAGGUCGAAGAGUGCGCCGUGGUACCUUCUGAUCAUCGGUCCGUAACGAGGUUCUAGUGCGCUACUUGCCGACGAAUACAUAUAUAUAGACCCAGCCAGCAGCACCGACAAAGCACAAGAAACGGACAGCAACGUGACUGCAAGAGCAGGCAAUCGCUGUGGAAAUGAGUUGAGAGAGAGAGAGAGAGAGAGAGAGAGAGAGAGAGAGAGAGAGAGAGAGAGCAGGCGGGCCGGUAGGAACUGAUUGGGAAGGAGCACGUGGAAGUUGUAGUUUUCUGUCGCGCUUUCGAGGCGGAGACGAGUGAGAUCGUCAUAGCGAGGGUGACAAUGGCGCACGGCGUAUCUUCAACUGUGAUUAUGGCGGCCUUGCUUCUGCUGAUUGCAGCUGCCACACCUGCACUUGCGCAACCCCCGUCCGUGAGCAUUAAUUGGGUCACAUUUGGCGGGACCGGGUGCAGCUGGAGCAACAGCAACUACGUCUACUCAAGCGACUCGAAGACGAUCACUUUCAUCUUCGGCGGGAUGGUGGCCACCACCGACGGAGUGCUUGCGGAUAAGCGGAAGGCGUGCCAGAUCUCCAUGUCCGUGAAUUAUCCUGAUGGCUGGAGCUACACGCUGGGGCAGGUGACCGGCCGUGGAUUCGCCGACGUUGCCGCAGGAUCCAAGGGCGUUUACGAGACGCAAUUCUACUUCUCGGGGCAGACUGGCACCCCCAGUGUCAGCCGCACSCUCACGGGCAAGUAUGUCGACAGCUUCGAGUUCACGGACUACUUCACGACGUCUGUCUGGAGCCAGUGCAACAACACUCCUAAUCUCAAUAUCAAGUCGGUGGUCAGGGUGGAAGGAAGCAAGGCCGUCAUGGCGCUCGAUUCCUCGGACACCAAGUUCCAGCUCGUCUACUACUUCAACUGGAAGCAGUGCUAAGUCUCCAGAUUUAGAGGCCUCCAAGCCG